AUGGUUGAUGUCAGUGACAAUAGUCUGGCAUUCCAGCAAAGAAUGAGGACACUUAGGUUUUAUCGAAAAAUGAGUUCGUCUACACCGGCCGUAGUUCUGUAUCUGCAUGAUCAAAAAGAAUUGCAAGCAGAAUUUAGCGGCAUAGACAGCUCAGAAUCAAAAGUCGCAGUCUCCCAUCUUCAUACUGAUUGGGGUAUAGUAGACAAGGCAGUGGUUCGAGCUGGCGAUAUUGCAAACAUUGAAUAUAUACUUCAACAGGAAGAAGGAGAAAUUUAA